AUGGACAUAUCAUCUUACAGAGCCUUUGAAGAGCUAAAGCUAUUCCAUUCAAUCGAUCGCACAAUCUACGUUCGACUGCUGGGUUUACGUUUUGAUCCUAACCUAUCUAAGCUUGUCCUAGCAUUUUGGUAUUUUCUGGACACAGAAACUCACUACAAGUUUAUGGCGGGCACGUUAGAUUUGCAUGACCGGGACUUGUAUGCUUUAGCGUGUGAGUCGAUUAUGUGCUUACAGUAUCUGUAUUCAAAUUACGCUCCUCCGGGGUCGGAGGAAAUUGGUAGCAAGUUCCGAACACUGUGUCUUCUUCUUCUUACAAAAAAAAUUCCACUCGAGUUUGUGUUUGAGAACAAGGAGAAGGCCCGGGAAGAGAUGAAGAAAGUUAUGGACAAUGUCUUCGAUAGAGCUUUAUGGGAUAUAAUUAUAGUCCCACCAUAUCCAUAUUUGGGUCAUAUACCCAGUGGUUUCCUGCAAACCAAUAUGUUGAAUGGUCCAAUAAUACAACAAUGGUUUCAGCAUAAUUAUUCACUUAAUCAGCAGGGUCAUAAUAUUGUUGAGGCUCAACCUUUAUUGCCUCCCCAAGAAGCAAACGAUGAUGUGCCAGAUCAGUAUCAACCUAGUGUUGACAACAAUGAUAGAACUUUAUUCUUGACAUUCUCAAAGGGCCAUCCUGUUUCAAAGGAAGAACUCAAAAGCUAUUUAAACUGGAAAUUUGGAGAUUGUGUAGAGUCAAUCUUUAUGAAGAAGCCUGUUCAUCCAAGUGAACAAUCACUCUUUGCUCAAGUUGUUGCUAAGUCUGCGUCAGAUGCUACCAGAAUUCUUGAUAAACCGGACCACGAGGGCAAAGUAAAAUUCUCCGUUAAUGGAAAAGAUGUUAAAGCGAGGCGAUCUAAGCCACGGACAGAACUAGUCACUAGACUCGAAGGGUUCUAG